ACACACUCUCUCUCACACACACACACACACACACACACUCUCACACACACACACACACACACACUCACACAUGCACACACACACACUCACACACACACACACACACUCACACACACUCACACACGCACAUAAACUCAUACACACUCAUACACUCACACACACACUCACACACACACACACACACAUUGACACACACAUAUACACACACACGCACAAACACGAUAGACACACACGCACACACACACGCAUACAUGCACACGCACACACACUCGCAUACACACACAUGCACACACACUCACACUCCACCUCUCACACACACACACUCUCACAAUCUCUCAUACUCACACACACAUACACACACACACACUCUCACACACACACACAAACACACACACACACACACACACACACACACACACACACACACACACACACACACAUCCUGUGAUUAAUAUCUAACAUGUUCACAUUUGUCAUUUGUUUAGAUUUCUGUGAUCUGACUCUGGAUCCCAACACAGUACAUUAUUACCUCAUUCUGUCUGAGAGGAACAGAGCGGUGACACACAGUGGGAGAAAGCAGCAGUACUCUGAUCAUCCAGAGAGAUUUGACACCUAUCAGGUGUUGAGUAAGGAGAGUGUGUGUGGACGCUGUUACUGGGAGGUGGAGUGGAGCGGUGAUGUGUACAUAUCAGUCUCAUAUAAAGACAUCAGCAGGAAAGGACAGAGUAAUGAGUGUGUGUUUGGACGCAACAAUCAGUCCUGGAGUCUGUGGUGUUCUUCUUCUUCUUCUCUCUUUUUCUAUCACAACAACAUUAAGACUGAUCUCGGAGUUCCAUCGUCCUCCAGAAUAGGAGUGUAUGUGGAUCACAGUGCAGGAACUCUGUCCUUCUACAGCGUCUCUGACACGAUGAAGCUCCUCCACAGAAUCCACACCACAUUCACUCAGCCUCUAUAUGCUGGAUUCUGCCUCCGCUGGAAUUUUAUCUCUAAUUCAGAAACAACUGUGAGGUUGUGUGAUCCAACAAAAUAAUGAUUUGAGGUGUUUUAUGGUCAGUAAUUUGUCAGUAAAUAAAACUCUGUGCACAUUUCCUCAUUGAUCCCCAUCUGUGAAAUAAAUGUUCAUAUUAAAUCAGUAAAAACACUAAAGAUUAAAACGCUGCAUUUCGACUCGGCCUAGGAUCAUCAGUUACACAUGUAAAGGGAAUGAAAGUGUAAGAUCUGAAUGUAUUCCCAAUGACGUAUAAAAGUUCUACUGAUUUCUGAAAUUAGUGAAGUGAAAAGCCUAAACUCUCUAUAAAUCAAAUCUCUUUAUCAAAUUGGAGAGAAUUUUUAAAGGAAAUUCAAUGAAAUAUUUUGAGCGACAGGAGCAGUGCAGUAGGUAUGUAGCUAGGGAAUCAAAAUGGCCACCUAGUUACACGUUGCAUUAUGGGUACCUGUAUAGGUUGCAGUGAUGUCUGUGAAAGUGAUGAUGAUGAUGAUGAUGAUGAUUUAUAUUAAAAUAUCUGUAUCCAGUUAUUUGCCUAAUCUAAACUAUGUGCACUCAGGGCUGUUUUUGGUCUGACACAGUGGGAGAGCUGAUGGUGGCGCGGAUGUUAGUUUAAAUUAGUUAGUAAUAUUGUCAUUUUUUUGCAAAUAAUAAAGACAUUUGUAGACACUGACGUCAUGUACACGAGUCCCUGACUGUAAAAAUUCUGAGAACUUGAUUAUCUGCUGUAAUUAACGAACAUGGAGACCAAAAUAAAGCUUUCCCGGAUUUCUCAGA